GAAUCUGAACCAGGUUGUUUCUGUUUGGUUGGCGACAGGCCGCAGCGAAUCCUCCUCUGAGUCAGAGUUUAAUUUACGAGGGAGGAAGCACGCGUUUAGUGUCCACAUCCCUCUAGUGUAACCAAAACCGAAUUCAUCUUAAAAGUUGUUGUUUUUCUUGUGAGUCUAUUUCUCCCUGUGCGUCCUCCUCCACCUCUUCCAACCCCCCCUGAGGAAACCAAACGAGCGCGCAGAGCGGAUGCCGGCUGCGCAGGGUUUGCGGUGAGCUGUCUGUCUCUCUGUCUCUCUGUCCCUCUGUCUCUCUGCCAGUGAGCCUGCGCGGCUCGAUGAGCGACGGCAGGAGGAGGAAGACAGACAGACAGUUACCGUGGCUGAAGGUCGGCUUGGAUGGCACAGAGCUCCCGCUGAGCGCCGGCUGCAGAGCGAGCAAGUGGCGAGUCGGGGGGUGGGUGGGGGGGCUGUACGUCAAACUCAAAGAAGUCGGGAUGGACGGCAAAGGCACCCUAAAGAUGUUCCGGAAGAAACGGGAGCUAAUUAAGACGCCAUCCAUCUCGAAGAAGAGCCGAGCAGGAAGCCCCGGGCCGCAGAGCAACGUCCCGUCUCUCUCCAUCCUCCAGGAACAGCCUAAGAAAGAUGCGGGCGACGCCACCCUCUCCUCUUCCCCAUCUUCUUCAUCAUCCUCUUCAACUCUUACCCCGACCUCCGCCGGACUCCAGGACCCAUCCCUGUCCUGCCCGGGAACCCCGAGCAUCCAGCAUGGCAAGCUGGCAGCGAUGCAAGGGGUGGGCUGCCCGUCGCCUGUGACCACCCUGAAGAGGCCGACCGCUCUGAGCAGACACGCCAGCGCCGCAGGGUUCCCGCUCCAGUCGUGGGUGUUCACCAAAGGCCAGGGGAAGGGGGCCCUGACCCCGACGACUCCGUCUGACGGUCCCGAGUCGACGGCCAUCGAGGUGGAGGACAUCCCGGCCCUGCUGAGGGAUGUGGCACGCUUCGCUGAGGCCGUGGAGAAACUCAAGGACGUCGUGCUGGCUGAGGGUAAGGAGAGCCAGCGGCCCGUGGCCCACGAGUGUUUGGGGGAGGUGCUGCGGAUUCUGCGCCAGGUCAUCAAUACCUAUCCUCUGCUGAACACCGUGGAGAUCCUCACUGCUGCUGGCAAGCUCAUAUCCAAGGUCAAAGGUUUCCACUAUGAGUCUUGUAACGACGCAGAUAAAAAGGACUUUGAGAAGGCCAUUGAAACCAUUGCAGUUGCUUUUAGUAGCAACGUGUCUGAGCUGCUGAUGGGUGAGGUGGACAGCAGCACGCUGCUCUCCCUGCUGCCCACUGAGAAGAGCAGGUCGAUGGAGAACUUGUACACGGCGUCAGGAGCGGACGGGGGACAGUUCAGGAGCGACCUGCAGGACAUGGGCAGAGGUGAGGAAGUGGACAUUAUCCUCCAGCGCAGCGAGGGAGGGGUGGACUCGGCUCUGCUCUACGCCAAAACCAUUUCAAAGUACAUGAAGGACCUGAUGACGUACGUGGAAAGGAGAACUUCACUGGAGACUGAGUUCUCCAAAGGCCUCCAGAAAUUAUACCAGAACUGCAAACACAGCAUAACACACCCGCACAUGCCCCUCUUCUCCAUAUACUCUCUGGCUCUGGAGCAGGACCAGGAGCAGAGUGUGGGGCUGCAGCAGGCCAACACCACCCUGCACAACCAGACCUUCAUCCAGCCCCUGUUGCAGCGCAAACAGGAGCAUGAAAAGAGACGGAAGGAGAUCAAGGAGCACUGGAUUCGAGCGAAGAGGAAACUGAUGGAGUGUGAGGCUAACCUGCGGAAGGCCAAGCAGACCUACUUGGCCCGCUGCGAGGAGUACGACAAGGCCAAAACGGCAGCCAGCCGGGCUGAGGAGGAGGGAGUAGGGUCAACGGCGAAGUCUCUGGAGAAGAAGAAACGAGUGGAAGAAGAGGCUCGCAACAAGGCAGACGAAGCGGAGGCCACCUACAAGACGUGCAUAGCUGACGCCACCACUCAGCAGCUGGAGCUGGAGCACACCAAGGUCACGGUCCUGAGGCAGCUGCAGGACGUCAUCAAACAGAGCGACCAGACCCUCCGCUCGGCGACCAUCUCCUACUACCAGCUCAUGCACAUGCAGACCGUAGCCUUGCCCGUCCACUACCAGACUCUGUGUGAGAGCAGCAAACUGUACGACCCCGGCCAGCAGUAUGCCGCCCACGUGCGAGACCUGCAGCUGCCAGAGCAACCGAGUGUCCAGUACGCGUUCGAGGACUACUCCCCCUCCAGCUCACACCAUGGCCACAGACCGAGGAACGACAGCUUCAACACUGAGACGCACCAGAGUCAAACAGACAGUCCUGCCAUCAUCGUGGACACAGUGGCUGUUGACAACAGAGACACGGAGGCCAGUCGUAAGAGACAAGGCCACAAGUCAUGGGGUUCAACGGUGAGCGAUGACAGUGUUGCAGGAGACGGAGGCCUGGACUCUCCUACUGCCAGCACAAGUGACAUCACUAAAAUGGCUCGGACGUCAUCGACUGGAACUAUGUCGUCCAAUGAGGACGCGGAUGAGAAAGACGGGAAUGUGGCCUCAUUCGAAGCCUCAAACAUUAACGGCAUGGAUCCAGACGUGGUGGUGUCCACCAGACCUUUCCGUAACGUGGGCCUGUCCAAAGCAGCCCAGACCCACCGACUGAGGAAGCUGCGGGCUCCGGCCAAGUGCCGCGAAUGCGACAGCUACGUUUACUUCCAAGGGGCCGAGUGUGAGGAGUGUUUCCUGUCGUGCCACAAGCGCUGCCUGGAGACUCUGGCCAUCCAGUGUGGCCACAAGAAGCUGCAGGGCCGUCUGCAGCUGUUCGGCAGGGAGUUCUCUCAGGUAGCCAGCUGUGCCAGUGACGGCAUCCCCUUCAUCAUCACCAAGUGCAUCUCCGAGAUCGAGAGACGGGCGCUCAAGAUGAAGGGCAUCUACAGGGUGAACGGGGUGAAGACGCGCGUGGAGAAACUGUGCCAGGCCUUCGAGAACGGAAAGGAGCUGGUCGAGUUGUCCCAGUGUUCACCACACGACAUUAGCAACGUCCUCAAGCUUUACCUCAGACAGCUUCCAGAGCCCAUCAUGCUGUUCCGUCUGUACAACAAGCUGAUGGGUCUGGCCAAGGAGAGCCUCCACAGUGAAGCAGACCACCACGAGGGAGAGGAGGCUGAGCCGAGCAGCACUAACCCGGUAGUGGUCCGGGGGCCAGAGCUGGUGGAUCUGGGCCCUGACACGGACCCAGAGGUCCUGGUCCUGGUGGACAGCCUGAAGGAGCUUCUGAAGGAGCUUCCCAAAGCUAACAUCGCCACGCUGCGCUACAUCAUUCGCCACCUUCGAAGGAUCGCAGAGCUGGAGGAAGAUAACAAGAUGAGCCCCAAUAACUUGGGGAUUGUGUUCGGGCCCUCCCUGAUGCGGCCCCGGCCGACUGGGGCCACGAUAUCGUUGUCCUCUCUGGUUGAUUACCCCCACCAAGCCCGCAUCGUGGAGGCCCUCAUAGUCUUCUAUUCGUCCAUCUUCCAGUCCAAAACGUCUCAGUCCCACAAAACCUGCCGCAGUCCUUCCAUCUCCAUCCAGCAGGAAAGUAUUUCUCAGGAGAAGAUGGGGAGCUCUGCUGAUGGAGAGGAGGAGGAGGACGGCAGCAAGGAGGUGCAGAACAAACCAGAGUCUGACAAGACGGAGGAGGGAUGUGGGAGUUCUUUGGGGUCGCUGGGCUCCAGCGAGCAGCUCCCUGACUCCGACUCAGAGCUGGACGAGAGCGGCCAGAGGAAUGCCCUCUCCCCCCGCCUGACGAAGCAGGAGAGUGAGAUUAGCAUGGAGGACGACCAGCUGAGCUACCGGGACAGCCUGGACCUGUCCGGUCAGUCUGCGACUCACACCGACCUCGAACAGGAUGUGGACCAGGAGCAGGACAACCCGGAGGGAGGAGAAGAGCCCCCCGCUCUGCCACACAGCGAACCCCCAGACGACGACGCUGGAGCAGAGCAGGACGUGACGGCCUCUCUGGCUGAGCUCAAUGUGAACCAAUCCAACAACAACAACAACAACAACUACCCUCCCGCACUGAGCCUGUCGGGGCUUCCACUGGCGCGCCUGUGUGGAAAGAAAUUACCCCUGACGAGAAACCGGGACAGCGAGCCCGAGUUUGUCUGAUAAAAUCAUUACAUGUCAAGUCGGGAUAUGAUCCAUAAAAUUUUUUAAUCUGUGUAGAUCUUCGUGGUUGUACUGGUCUAUCCUGGCAGUGACACCUCUGCACGCUUCCUGCUCUUUGAUGCAAUUACUCCUGUCGUUUCAAAAACUUUGGCUCAAAUGAUUUAAAAAUGAGUUGGCUGUUAAAUUUUUAAAUGUCCCCCCUCCCCCUUUGCUCUACAAGCUUGAGCAAAAGUGUGUAGCAAGUCGCAUCAAAAUUUGGAUGAUGUGCAAAAGCAGAUGGUUUUAUUUCAGCUCUUAAGAAGCAAAUUUAUUAUGUCGUCUGUAUUUUCUUAGUAUACAUGUUUGGUCUAUUUUAAUAAAAAUUCUUGUAUUUUAAAA